UUUAUAGGAGUUUAAACUUAGUAAUUCAAUUUGGACCUUUUCUUUGUCCCUCCAUUUCCAUCGCCGAAAAUAUGCACACUCUUUUUUUUUCUAUCCAUAAGCCAAUCGAUUAAAAUUCUUCUGAGUUCCUAUAUAAAUAUGUCAACCUCAACACUUCAUUUAUAAAAGUCACCAUUUACUGGAAAGAAAUAAACGAUCUACAACAAUGAAAUUUUCAUAUUCUUUAUCCCAACGGUUUUCUUUCCCUAUUUUGGCCAUGCAAUUUCUCAUUAUACAUAGUGUUUCGUCACUGAACCUUACUAAUGAGUAUCUCAACCACAAAUGCCUCUUUAAUCAAGGGAAAUAUAACUCUGGAAGUGAGUACGAGAAAAACCUCAACUGGGUCUUCCAUUACAUUCGUACUAGGCCAUUUGAGAAUGUCGGAUUCUCACACACAAGUAAUGGAACAACGACAUCAAAUUUUGCUACCGUCGUUCUCCAAUGUCGUGGUGACUCUUAUGGGUCUAAAUCUUAUGGGUCUAAAUGUCGUACAUGCCUUGACACCGCAAUUUUGGGGUUUCGUAAGAGAUGUCCGAGUAUCAAAGGAGGAAUGAUAUGGUACGACCAAUGUUUUCUCUAUGUUAGUACGAUCGAUAUAGAAAAUCCAAGCAGGAUUAAUUACGAGAAUGUUUUUUCUAUGCACAAUCCAAAUAACGUGAGAGAGGAUGCAAAACUGUUUGCCAAGAGAGUGUUGGAUUUUUUCUCUGAGCUAACACUUAAAGUCGAGAAAACCACCAGUGACGGCUUUCGCAUCAUACUUUACGCAGCAGGGGAAAAAAAGCUCGGGAAAAAUACAUUAUAUGCAAUGGUGCAAUGUCUAGAGCUAACAUUGGAUUGUAAAAAUUGUUUGACAUGGAGUACCACAAAGCUUUUCAAGAAUGGCGACAUUAAACAAGGAGCGAGAGUUUUUGGUUCAAACUGUGAUGUUAGGUGGCUACAAAAACAUGUUGUAAUGCUCCAGGAUUAAUAUAUAGGGGAUGGUAUGAAAACUUAAAUGCGUGUUUCUUAGACAUAUCUAAAACAAAAAAAGGAAAAUUGCCAAAACAGAACAUAAAAACAACAUAGUUGUCCCUAUGGUAUAAAACCAUAUUUGUCUAUUUAUUUUCCCUUU